UUUUGUGCUAACCAGCUAGGCUAAGGCUAGCUAACCUCCACCGCUGCAGCCUCAAAAAAAACCCUGCUGGAAUGUUUCAACCGCGCGGACAGAAAUGGCGGAUAUCAUGUUGCGUUUGCGUCUCGUUUUCUUUGCUCGUUGAGAUUUUUUUUUUCAGUUUGCACGCGCGUGGCUAGAGCGCGCGAAGCGGGGCGGAGGUGGUCGUCCUCAGAUUUGCGAAGCAGGCCGGGAGAGUCCGAGCCCAACACUCCGCCCCCCUCCCCCUCCGCCAUCAUAUCUGCUGUUAUUUGAACUUACGAGCCAGAGGCCUGAACCAGCAGCCGUGUAUGCUAGCCUGUUAGCCAGUUUCACUCUUUUGAAAACCGAAUUACGUCAAUUUCCCGAAACCAUUUGCGUGUUUGAUUCCUAAGUGUUAAAUUGGGGCAUUUUGUUGUUCCAUAAGUGAUGAAAUGUGUACUUUGAGUUUACGGCGGCUCACAGAAGCUCCUCGAGCCGUAUUUACGUUAGCCACCGCGAGUUUAGCAUUUUUUAUAACGAGUGUGUGGCAGCUAAAAGUUAGUCUGUGUAUCUACCGAAACCAGUACCCAACCAGUGGUGCAAAGGGAGGAGGACCGGACUGAACGGAGUUACCUGGAGGUUCUCCAUCCAUCUACAUAUCAGCAGGAGUGGGAGAGGAGGACUUUGGGCGGGGGAACGAGGCAGAGCGGAGGAGCGAGUCGCGUCUGCUUUUGGCAGCUGUUUCAGCAGCCGCUCGGCUGUUGUUGUUUGUUUUUUGUUUUGUUCCAGCGUCGCUUUUUCUGUUUGUAUUUUUAAUGUGACACUGCUGUAAGACAAAUAGAACAAAAUCAUUAUUUCAAGAGUAUUUUAGGUGUUUUUUUUUUUUCCUUUUUUCAAUCGUUGAUUUCCAGAGAUUUUUUGUUUUGUUUUUGUUUCUUUUGUUCUAUUUUAAAUUCUUUUUGUGGCUGUGAGAAGGAGCUUCCAUUCGGCUACAGCUAGCAUAGCUGGGAGCCCUUCCUUAACCGCGUUAGGUUCCGAUAACCUGGGAUUCCUCAAGCACCUGAAACUGGCAGCUAUUCUCUUUGUAUCGGUGUGUUUGGGGAGCUCUGUGACCACAGCUUAAGCACCACUCAGCCUUUCUAGUCACCUAAGCCUAACUAAAGCCAGCCAGCUCUAGCCCGGUCCAGCCCAGUCCAGCCUGCUCCGAUUAUCUGGACAGGAUACUCAGUUCUCAUUGGACGGGAGGAAUAUGACUGCUGAGACUCUUAACUUCGGCCCAGAAUGGCUCCGUGCACUGUCCAGUGGGGGGAGUGUGACGUCUCCCCCCCCUUCCCCCGCCAUGCCAAAGUACAAGCUGGCCGAGUACCGCUACGGCCGAGAGGAGAUGUUAGCACUUUAUGUCAAAGACGACAAGGUCCCAGAGGACAUGCAGGAUAAGGAGUUUGCUGCUAUUCUGCAGAAUGACCCCAUGCAGCCGCUGGCACUGGUGCCUCUCACGGAGGAAGAGCAGAGGAACUUCUCCAUGUCUGUGAACAGUGUGGCGGUGCUGAGGCUCAUGGGAAAAGGUGUGGGAGGGGCCUCCCCCGCUGGAGUGGCCCGUGGACGAGGGGCCACACGGGGCGGACGAGGUCGAGGUCGUGGAGAAGGUGGAUUCUACCAAAGAAGUAUUGAAGAAACGGAGGUGGGCUUCAGUCGCGGCGUCCGUGAGAUUCACCGCAGUCAAAGCUGGGACGACCGAGGGAACGCUCGGUUUGAGAAGCCUCUGCGACGAGAGGCGGGGCGUCCCGGCUUUGAGGAAGCUGGAGGUCCCGGGGCUCCGGGGAGGAAGGACUACACCAGAGCCGACAGCGAUAACUGGCGCACCCUCCGGGAAGAACAGGAGGAAGAAGAGGGGGAGCCGGGCACCAACUGGAGGCACGGCGUGCCCCGCAGGGACGAUGGCGGUCCGCGCUCAGCAGGCUGGCGGGACCACAGCGGCCCGGGUGAAGGUCGCAGGAGGAAGUUCGACUUCGACUUCCGGGACUCCGACGGUCACGUUGCUGGGCGCCGGCGAGCGGGCAGCGAGGGACUCGAGGACGACAGGGACGGUCUGCCCGAGUGGUGUACGGAGGACGCGGAGGAGGACGGAGAGAUGGGCACCUUUGACUCCUCGGGGGCUUUUAUGUCCAUUAAGAAAGGCGGUAAGGAGACAAUCCUGGAGGACGAGUUUGAGUUUAAGGGCAUCGAAGAGGAGGAGGAGGAGGAAGAGGAGGAGAUUUUGCCAGAGGCAGAGAAGAACAACACAGAAGGAGAGAAAGACAAAGCGGUUCCUCAGUUUUCCCUCCCGGAGAGUAAAGAUGUCUCAUCCGCCUUGGUGGACGACAAGGCAAAGCCGGUUGCCGUCUCCUCCUCCUCCUCCUCUUCCUCUCUCCCGACUCACUGCGCUCCUCCGUCUCUGGAGCCUCAGCCGGUGGCUCAGGUGGUGGAAAACACUCAGCUGAGCAUCAGCCACUCUAUCAAGAGCAACAGCACACCUCAUGAGGACUUGGCUCCCAUUGGGAUCUCCAAGCCCCAGCUGAGUCCUGGCUCCUCCUCGCCCUCCUCCUCCUCGUCGUCCUCUGGUCUGCGUCCUCCAGCUCCCUCCUCCUCCUCCUCCUCCUCCUCUGCUGCUGCUGCUCCUCUCCUUCCUCCUUCAGGAGGAGACGCUGAGGACGAUGACGGCAUGAAACACCUGCAGCAGGAGGCGGAGAAGAUGGUGGCGUCGCUGCAGGACACCUCUUUGGAGGAGGAAUGCUUCACCCAGGCGCUGCAGCAGCAGGAGAGCAGGAACACGGCGGCCGCUCUUCCGCUGAGUCACGAGGCGGCCAUGAAGUGGUUCUACAAAGACCCGCAGGGGGAAAUCCAGGGUCCCUUCACCACGGUGGAGAUGUGCGAGUGGUUCCAGGCCGGCUACUUCACCAUGAGCCUGCUGGUGAAGCGGGGCUGCGACGAGGGCUUUCAGCCUUUGGGGGACGUCAUAAAGAUGUGGGGCCGCGUGCCCUUCGCCCCCGGGCCCUCCCCGCCUCCCCUGCUGGUGAGACAGCUCCCACCAACGCAGCGCCCGCAGCCCAACCGGGGGCCCGCCGGGACUGGCAACCUGGACCAGGAGCGCCUGAAGAAGCAACAGGAGAUAGCAGCAGCAGCUAUUUAUCAGCAGCUCCAACAACAGCAGCAACUUUUCCAGCUCAUUAACAGGUGCAGUGAGCAGGGUUUGAUGCCUUCGAUGAACAGGUCGAUGUCUGUGCCAGAUACAGGGUCCAUGUGGGACAUGCAUACCUCAGCUUCACAGCCGUCAGGCGGUGAAGCCAGUCUUUGGGACAUAACAAUGAAUUCUUCAACUCAGGGUCCAACUCUGGAACAUCUUCAGAAGCUCCAGGAGAGGCGAGACGCCGAACUCAGGGCAAAGCGUGAGGAGGAGGAGCAGCGCAAGAGAAGGGAGGAGAAAAGGAGGCAACAGGAGGAGCAGAAACGAAGGGAGGAAGAGGAGCUCUUCCGGCGCAAGCGGCAGCAGGAGCUGAUCAUGAAGCUGCUGCAGCAGGCGCCCCAGCAGACGGGGGCGGGAAGCUCCAACUGGAGCGGGGGCUCGUCCGGCCUGUCGAAGCCCGGGAAGCCGUCGGCGCUGGCCCUGCUGGAGAUGCAGCAGGAGGCGGAGCGGCUCCUGAAGCAGCAGCGCGUUCAGCAGCAGCGAGAGCGGCACUCGGGCCUGUCCAUGGGGAGCUCCUCCAUGGGGGGGCAGUGGGCAGACGGCGUGGGCAUGUGGGGGGCGCUGGAGUCCAAAAGCGGCAGCGGCGGCUCGUCGAGCAGCAUGGGCUUGUGGGACGAGGCCUUGAAGAACCAGGCCAGUCUGCGCGGAAACAGCAACAACCUGGGCCUGAAGAACAGCCGCAGCAGCCCCUCCCUGAACGAGCAGUACAUGAUGCGCCGGAAGAGGACGGAGGAGGAGGAGAAGCUGCUGAAGCUGCUGCAGGGCAUGAAGCCUCAGGACGGCUUCACCACCUGGUGUGAGCAGAUGCUGCACGCUCUCAACAGCUCCGCCAACAACUCCUCCUGCUCCCUGGACGUCGCCACCAUCGUGGCGUACCUGAAAGAGGUGGAGUCUCCCUAUGCAGUGCUGGAUUUCAUCCGGUCUUACCUUGGGGACACCGUGGAAGCCAAAGAGUUUGCCAAACAGUUUCUGGAGCGCCGUGCCAAACAGAAAGCCAACCAACAGAGGCAGCAGCAGCAGCAGUUGUCGAAGGACGUGGGAGGACUGAACAUGAACUUCCCUCUGCAGGACUCGAUGCGAGGUAUGAACCCGAGCACCCUGCAGUCCAUGUUCCAGGCCAACCACAUGGGGAAGGCUGGUCUCUAUGACAACCAGGGAGGAAAGAUGAAGAAGAAGCCGCCCAUGAUGCUGCACUCUGACCCCAGCAUCUUAGGGUACUCAUUCCCCAACACGAGUGAGUGUCUGAGCCUGAACGAGAUGGAGAUGGUGGAGGAUUACUGAUGUGAAGCAGCGCAGCAGCAAUAGCUACCUGAGGCCUUUUCUGUCUUUUAAUCAGACAAACCUGAUAACGAAUGUGCACUGCUGGGGGUGGGGGUGGGUGGGAGGGAGGGGGGUGAGCACGAGGGGGGAGGGGGGCCCCUCCCUACCCUACGGGUGGAGGAAAAGGGGGCUCCCUGCUGCACCCCGUUGAUCACUAUAGCAGGGGAGAGGGGCGACGGGCGGAUACCUCCGGCACUCAAAAAAAAAACGUUUUAAGCACCUUAUACUGAACUAAAUGCACUUUACUGAGAUGGGAUUUGAACAGUUUUGCGUGGGUCGGGUGGAGGUGGGCGGGGCCACGGGCGGAGAGCAAAAAAACGGUGGGGGUUUGUUUGUUUUGUUCACAGUCAGGGGGACCUUUUAGUUUGAAAACCAGAGAGCAAAUCCUUUUCUCGAAAGACAAACACUGUUGAUAUUUCUCUUUUUUGGAGCUUUUUUUUUUUUUUUUUUACAUUUAUAUAAAACUAAAGCUAUUGAAAAAUGGAUUCUAAAAAAAAAAAACUUGAAGAUUUGCACUUGCCUAAAAAAAAAAACGACAAAAAGAUUAAAAAAAAGGGGUUAGCUGUAGAAGUAUUUUUGUGAAUGAGUGAGUAAAAUAACAUCUGCACAUGUUUUGUUUUUUUCCGCUUAUGAGGAUGUAUAAGACAUAAGAGGCCAUUUUGUUUUUUGUUUGUUUGUAUGUUUCCCUUUCCAAACAGGGAUCGGUUCUGACUGAAACGAGAGAGGGGGGCGGGGCUUUUGCACAAACAUCCUUUCUCUCUCUCUCUCUCUCUCCACUUCUUUCAAAAAAAAAAAGAAAGAAAAAAAAAAAAGAAAAGACGGACGGCAUUUUGUAAAUGUUAGCCUUGUUCUCAUCGUAACCGCCACUCGUAGUGUUUCUUUUUUUUUUAAACGGGUGAGACGAGGCCCCGCCCCUUACCCCGCGCUUGGGGGCGGGGUCACUUCCUGCUCGUAAACAGACUCCAGGUACUCAUCCAGCAGACGUGUUUUGGUGUGAAUGCACAUUUGUGCCUAAGAACUCUGAUCGCGUGCAUGGCCAUCGAGACAUUAACUCUUUCUGAGUGUGUGUGUGUUUGUGUGUGUGCUCAGCACAUUGUGUGUCAGUUCAAAGGGGGGGGGUCCAUUUGAAGGUUUCUUUAUUUUUCCUUGUGAAUGAAAAGUUUCUGACUACGGGGGGAAAAAAAAAAGAGAAAUUACAGCAUCCUGGUGUGCGAAUGCACACAACGGAAGCAUAUUGUGUUACUUAUUCGUUGUUGCAAUUUGAUAAUGACGACUUUUUUUUUUUUUUUAAUUGAUGAGAAAUAUAUAUGAAUAUAUACAUUAUAUACAAAGUUUAAAAGUAUUUGGACUAAGAUGAUGAGCACUUGGGGCUGCUAUUUUUUCGUGUGUUUAAAUUUUUUUUUUCUUAAUUUUUUUUUUGCCAUGUGAAGUGUGUACUUUUUUUUGUUUUGUUUUCGUUUUUCUUAAAAUGUUGAAUGUAUUCCAAAAAAAAAAAAACCCGAAAAAAAAGACAAGAAAUCCAUGCUGAUAACUGAUUUUUUUUUUCCUUCGGAAGAUUUCAAAAGUGGAAAUAUACACAAAAAGUUUCAAAGAUGAAGAAGAAAAAAAAAAAAACUCAGAAUGGAAACUAUUGAACACACUGCCUCUACAAUCCUGGUUGUAGUGAUGAAGAACUUCAAGUAAAAGACUCUUUCUAUUCCAUACUGGAGCUUUGGUUGUUUACAAGCCACAUGGAUAGCUGUCGGUGCAGUUUUUGGUUGUUUUUGUUCCCACAUCAAGACGGGUGGGGUUUGCAAGUGCGCUUCUGCCAUACGGACACUGAGCGGUGUGGUUUUUUUUUUUUUAAGGUUUUUUUUUUUUUUUUUUCCAUCCACGGACAAGCGGCAGGCGUCACAACGCUCUGGACUUGACAGUCCGUGCGAGCGCACAGAACGGCGACUGAGCACGCUCACACCUGCCCUCACCAACUCACCUAUGCACUUUGGUUCAUUCAAGCUGUGAGGUACCUUUUUAUUUUUGUUUUUUGGGGAGACGGGAGCACAUCGCAAACAGGAGGAUCGCUACGAUAUUCCCGAACUGAAAGGAGAUUCUCCCACCUCCUGUAUAUAUUUUUGUAUCUCGGAGUAGAAAAGAAAAAGAUGGAAAAAAAAAACAUUUGGAAUGGAUGAAGAAGAAUUCAUGACAAUACGGGGUGAAUGUUCCUCACCAAAAAAAACCCAAUCUUUUUGAUAUAGUUUUAGGGGGACUUGCUGUGAGUUUCCUUUUUUUUUUUUUGGUUUGCCAGUAAUCUUUGGAAAAAAAAAAAAAAAAAGCAAAGAAAACAUGGAGCACGGAAGGGAAACCCACGUGGGCCGUGGCUCCGGUACGGACUCUCGGAACAAACCAAGCAGAGCCUUUGAUUGACGGUGGAGGGGCGGGGCGAUGGGAGGAGUGGAGGACGACCGCAUGGAGGCCUUUGCUGCCCCCUGUAGGGGAUUAUCGAUAUUGCAGCCGGCCCACGCGGCGGUCAGAGAACCGGGCCUUUCGGACUCAAACCUCCAGACCUGUAACUGGACGGGUCGCCGGCACCAUCCGCUGGAGUCUCCAGGUUUAUCAUUCCAUCUGCGGAAGAGUUCAGGAUUCGGCCGAACUCUCUCCAGCCUCCAUUGGAGGAAAAAAAAAGAAGAAGAUUGUGAUGCACCUCAGUGUGGAACUACUAAGGUGUUCUGUCUUCGUUGGGAGGGGGGACACUGGAGGAACUCCUGCAGCCGUGGAGCCGGACGAACUGAAAGAUUUUGUACAAAAAGAGAGAGGGGGGGGGGGGGGGGGCAUCAACCCACACACCAACCCAAAGGUUCACACUACGUGCACACGUUCAGCAGAAGUCACAUGGGAGGAGGCUCGGUUGUAACGGGGAAAUCACCCAGACGGCGACGCUCGUCACUAUAAACGCUGAGCUCUGUAAAUAAUGGAUGUUUUUUUUUUUUUUUCCUUCAGUGGGUUUUUUGUUUUAUUACUCUGUUCAACAUGCCUUAAAUUGUAUAGUUGAGUCCCGAAUGACUAACUGAAGUUUUCUCUCAAUGCUAAGUUUAAGUUGGAAACUAUACUCGAGCUACAAAAAAAAAGAGAAAAAAAAAGAGGAUUGUCAUCUAACUACAUGUGCAUUUGAUCAACUUUACUAGUACAGACUAGAGCUGCAAAUGUUUUUGAUCUAAACUCUGCUGGUGGUUGGCUUUUCUUUUCUUUUUUUUUUAAUUAAAGGGUGAAUUUGUUGGGGUUUCGCUGAAGGCUCAAAAAGGGCUGACGUCUGUCGCGUGUGGAGCUGAGCUGACCGGGGGUGGCAUGCCCCCCCCCAAAA